GCCCGAGUAAUGGCGGACGCAGGAGCUCGCACGAUAAGAAUCACAUAUGUAUUUUAUGCAUUUUAAGCCGGUUAACCCAUGAUUUUGCGAGAUCUGAAUACGGGAAUCGACCUAUGAAAGAGCUCUUGAUCGGAAGUGGUGUGUCACGCUGUGAUGGCAUUAUCAGAAGGAUUGCUAAAGCUUCGGUGGAACAACCAUGAGGCGACGUUCUGUCACAUUCUGCACAGACUCCGAACCAAGCCUCGGUAUGCAGAUGCAACAUUGGCAUGUGAAGGUCGUUUGUUCAUGGUGCACCGGUUAGUCUUAGCCACCUGCAGUGACUUCUUUGAUGAGAUUUUCCAGCAGACCCCAAGUGACAGCACACGUGCUGUCAUUGUCUUGAAUGAGGCGCGGGCGCAGGAUGUGGAGUGCUUGCUGGAUUAUAUGUAUUGUGGACAGGUAAAUGUACGUCAAGCCAAUCUGGCAUCUCUGCUCAAGACAGCUGAGUGUCUCAAGAUUAAGGGGUUAGCUGUUCCAGAAGGAACUAUCAACACAUCAAACACAAAACGCACUCAGGAUCAUGUACCCUCUCCGGAAUCUCCACCAGCAAAGAAGAAAAAGAAAAAGAAGUGUCUAUUGACACCUCCCUCAGCACCAGCCUCUGAACCCCCUCCCACUGUGCCCUCCACACCCCUCACCUCUUCAGCCUGGCUUGCCCCUUCACCUGCCCUCACCAGUACACACUCUCCCACACACCAGCCGACUACCCUGCCCAUCAACUCCUCCCCACAGACACUGCCACCACCACUGCAUGUUUCCUCGCCUGUGGCCCAGCCCCUCCCACUCAAGGUGGCUGUUCCAGUGGCUGACCCUGAGAAGGGCACCACCAAAACUGGCUGGCUCCAGAUCGUAUCGUCCAUGCGGCAGGGGCCUCCAGGGGAACAGGGACCACCUGACCCUGCCACACCCACUCAGCCUCGCUCGCAUCAUACCAAGAAGAACAAAUGCUCACCAAAGGCCACUGCUCUGGACUCUUACGCUGGACAGUUUCUGCAGACGGAAAUCAAGGAAGAGAUCAAAGAUGAACCAGUAACAGUGCCGCUUGGACCCGAUGACCCACUUGAGGAAGAUGAGAAUAGCUGGGAGGAUCAGGAAGGUGGCGAGGAGGCGGGUAAGGAGACCAUGUACCGCAAGGUGACAGGGCUUCACCCUCCCCCUCCUGGGCUCCAUCCUGUGGUCUCCAGCAGUGGAUUGACGCAUUCGACGCCUGUCUUGCCACUGGGCCUCUUUCGUGUUGGCUCCUAUGCAGUGCAAAGUGGAGGCCAAGCCUGGGAAACAACAGGGCAGCUCAGCAACUCACCUGAACCCAGUAACCAUGAGGCUUCUCCAGGUGCAAGCCAGCAGGCCAUGGACUUGGGACUAGGUCAGCUUGUUUACAAAAAAGGAUCUUCAGUGAGCCAGGCAACAAUGUCCCCCAAGCUGAUGCCAUAUGCAAUGUGCUCCAACUGCGGCACCAACAACACCAAGCUUUGGCGCCGCAACGACAAAGGUGAAAUUGUGUGCAAUGCCUGUGGCCUCUACUUCAAGCUCCAUGGGAUAAACCGGCCGAGCCACCUGUUCAGAACUGCCCCCAUGACCCGCAGAAGAAAUCCCAAGAAGAAGAAGGAGCCUGAGGGGGGGACGUCGGAACAGAUGGAACACGUUAUUAGCGAUUCGUCUCAGGACAAGGAGCAGAUUCCCGAGACAGACCCUCAGGAUGGCCUGGCUGUGCUCAAUGCUGCUUUAACGCUCAACUCCCUCUUGGCCAAGGCUAAAGCUCACCAGUCGGCUAGAGAAGCUCUGGCAGCUCAGAGGUCCACAUCACCUCAAGUCAACAAAGGUUCAUCAGAAGCAGCAAGUGAGGCAAGGCCACCACCUCCACCCUUGCUGAAGAUCCCGGCUCCAGUUCGUGAGCAGGCUGCCUCCCCAACAGGUGCUCCUCAGGCCACCCCAUCCCUUGAGGACAGUCCCCAGGACCCAGGGGGCACACCACAGCACCCUGUGGAUGACUCACCUGGCCAUGACCAACCAUCACAGGAGGAAGACCAGGGCAGGAAGUAUAUCUCACAGCUCCUGGAUAAUUGAAAUGCCUUGCAGGGAAAAGUUGCCAGUGGAAAAUAACAGCAUGGAAAUGUUACACACAGGCUUUGGUUACCCUGCACAAAUAAAAGGGGGGAUGCUGCCUAUCCCACAUCAGAAUGUGACACUCAGAAACAUUGAGGCAAGCUCAGGGGAGUCUUAAUGUAGAAAUGCAUGCUCAGUGUCUUUUUGGGUUGGACGUAGAAACUGUCAGACAGUAAGUGCCGUCAGAUGGCUCCAGUCGGCAGUGUUUAGUUGCUGUUUCUCCUUGAAGUAAAGAAUCAGCUCGUAAGUGUAAGACUAGGUUUAAUAGAUAUUGCUUUAAGUUGGGUAUUAUUUAAUCUCAUGGAAGAAUCUCACAAACAUUAUCUAAUGUGUAUAGGGUAUGUUUUUUGAAUGCUUUAAGAGUGUGUCACAGUUUUGGUGGCUGAGACAUAUCAUCAAGAAAAAUUAAUCAUCCAAAUCUGUAUAUGUGAUACUUUGUGUGUGUGUGCGUAACUUCUAAAAUUAAUUUUUUGGUGACAAGAUUUUUGUAUAAUUGAACUUCAAAAGAACAAACAAAUGCCCUUUUUAUCCCAACACAGAAGGACUGUAAUUGAGAGCAUAGUUGCAUAUUUUUUUGUAUACAUAAGCUAAUGUGCAUUGACAUUAAAAGGAGCAGAAGCAUAGACGUGCCAGAGUUCGGUGGAGGUGUGCGACUUUCCUCAACUAGAUGCUGGAAGAAAUGGAGUCUUUUUGCUUUUAUGAUUUACAUAUUCUACAUUUGGAAGGUUUUGUAUCUUGACUGAAAAAUUACACAGGUCUACAGAGCGACCUCAUAUGGAGGAGCCACAUUAUUUUUUUCUUUCUCUCUCUCUCUCUCAUGUAUAGCACUUGUUAAUUAUUGUUAUUUCUGUUCAUUAAGGCACCAUAAGUCCAUAUUCUCUUAUCCAGUCUCCACCUGAUUCAUGGCAUAGAUUUUCAGAUCAUAUUUGCAUCAGCUUUAGGUUAUAGGUCUUUAUUGCCUGCAGUGAGGCAAUGAAAAAGUUUUGCUUACACAUUUUAUUAUUAUUAUUUAUUAUUUCUUAAAUAUUUAUGUGUUGAUCUGUAACGUGGGAUCUCUUUUUGAAAUGUUCAGUGCUGCCCUAUUGCAAACUACUUAAAGGUCACAUACUUUUAACAGCUAUAUAUCUGUUUUUAUCAUUAUUAUUACUGUUACUUUUUCUUAUGAUACAUAAGAAUUCAGAAAAGUAUUUAUAUAUACUGUAUAUCUACCUGUCAGUCUAAGAACAUGUCACAAAUUCAGAUAUUAUAUAAAGUUCAAACAUACUCCAAAACUUUCUACCAGUGUGAGGCUUUGCGAUAAACACAGUUAACAAGUAGUGGAAUUCUAUUUAAACAUUGUCAUUGAAUGGAACUUGUGAUACAGAAUGCCCGAAUAGUAAUGCAACUUGCUGUGCUCUACUUUUUGCCCGAGGAAUGCUCAAAUUUUUCCACAAUUUAUCUACUUAAAAUACUCGCUUUAAUUCCUAAUUUAUCUCAUCAUAUCCUUUGUCUCACGUUCACUUCGGAAGUGAUUGGACUUCGAGCAGAAAUAUCACGGCCUCCUUUAAUGCUCUCAUUGCAAUUACUAAACUGUCACUCAAGGAUGUGAGAAGACUAGGAUUGUUGGCAACACUCAUGUGCUUCGAUAAGAUGAAGAUAGGAUGACGGAAGAUUGAUAGUCUGAUUUAUAGGAUAUGAUUAAUAUGAUCUGAUGAACUGAACCACAGAAUCUCUUAACCAUGCAGGGAAAUAUUUUUGACACAUUAUUAUAGAUUUGAAUCUAAUGGCAAUUUUAAAAUGUUUUCUGUCCUGGAGAUCUGACAUUUCGUGUGAUAGAUUUUUUGUUUAGGUAAAUUUGUAUCAGUAAGUGUUCUGUAUAAUUACUUUCAUGAAUCUCAAGGAACAGUUAAUUAAGCCGUAAUUUUAACAUUUUUUAUUGUUAAAAGGGAAAUAGAAAGAAUCUCACAGUUGAGAAAGAUACUCAUAUUUUUAAGAUUUGAAAAGAAAAAUUUAAUGAAUCUAUAUGUUUAUAUGUAUGUGUUUAUGUAAGCAUGUACAUGCAAUAUAUGUAAUAUAAAGCGUACACUUACAUUUGCACAAGCAUAUAUAGACAUACACAAGUAUUCACUUUAAGAACUUUACAUUGAAGUAUUGCUUGUUGUGGAGAGACACACAGAGGAGAAAGCACUCGAUUGUUUCUUUGUAUUUUUAACAUGGUUAUAUUAUAGGCUUUUUUCUCUCUCUUUCUUUAUUGAAUUAGAUCUGUUUGAGUCAGGUAUGCCAUCUUCAUUAUUUAGAAAUAUGGUUGGGUUGAUAGUGGCUGUUCAGUAAAUGUGAUGUAGUAUUGAAUAAUCUUUUUAGUUUUAAGUAUGAGUUUUGUAGAGAUGCUGGCAGAAAAGUCAUUAUAGGUUGUAUCUUGUUUGAAUGUAAGAUGAUGUACUUGAUAUUACUGUAAAAUUUAAGUAAAGGCAAGAUGCGUUCAGAAAAGAGUUAAGUUAAAAAAAUGACACUUUAAAAAGUAGAAUCUCCAGUUCUCAAGGGGAAGGGAUGGUCGACUUGACCCAAGAUAUAGCAAUGUCCAUCUGUCUGUGUGAAGUGUGGUUUUUGUAAAGCCAAUCUUAUGAGGGUAGGAUAAUUUGUGUUACACGCGUAAGUGGUGGUAAAUCAAACGAACCUCAGCUGCAACGACGAUACUGAGAAGAAAUCCUAGUUAACGACCGUAGGAUACUUUGUGUGGUAAUUUAUAAUGUUUUGAUGAUUUUCUCUCUGUCGUCUUUUUUGCCAGGUCAGAUCUGUGGGUGGACAAGUUGAAACAACAAAGGAAUGUUAGAUGUCUAUUUUUAUACUUGUUCAGCUGAAGUUAGUUGCAAGAUAAACUGUAUUUUUAUUUUGUUUUGAAUCUUUUUUUCGUAUUACAUCAGCAACUAUGUUCUAUAUUUAACAAGUAGUUGGACUUUAGAUAAUUAAUUAAAAAUUUAAAAUCACUUUUACUUACAUAUAGACUUUUUUCUUUUUUUCUUUUUUUUUUUUUACUGGUAAAAAUCACUUUUACUUACACAUACACUUUUUUAUUAAUGGACAGCCGAACAUAUUGUGUUAGAGACAAUUAUAUGUAGACUUAUCUAUGAUUCCUGUUUAUAUUUUGUAAUAAUAUUAAAUGGCUUUAUGUUUAAAAUACAGUAUUCAUAAGAUAGUCUACAAGAUAUAGUAAUAAGAAUUUUUUAAAAAUCCAUAUGCCUUUGAAACAGAAACAGAAGUAAUUUUUCCAAACAGUUACUGCAAUACACACAUUUCUCAGUCCUCUAUUUUGCGACUGAAAUGAAAUAGGAAACUCAAGUACUGCCACACAGAUCUUGGUGUCCAGAUUUUGCCUGUUAUUGCAAUUUUAUCAAGCUAUAAAUUUUUUUGUGAUUAUUAUUAUUAUAGAUAUUUUUAUCAUCACUAUUGGUAUUAUUAUUAUUAUUAACUAAUAUUAUUCUUAUUGUUAUUAUUAUGAUUAUUACUAUUAUUAUUAUUAAAAGAAAACACUUUCAGUAAGGAUGUGUUAAAUACACAGAGAUUUUAUUUAUUUAAAUUGAUUUUUUUUUUCUAGCAUCUUGUUCUACCUCAAGCAAGUUUAAAGCCCCAACUGACCCCCCAUCCCUGACCCCACUUCACUUGAAAGCCCUUGCUCAAUGUAUGUCAUCCUCCCUUUACCCCCCCCCUACCCCCAUUCAUCUCCCUUCCCUCGUCAUUGUCUUCCUUAUAAGCUUACUGUUUUCCUUUAUGUUAUUGAUUUUCUUGUUCGACCCUGUGCCUUGGCUCAUUAUAUUUUCUCUCUCUGUCUCUCUCUCUCUCCCUCUCUCGCUCUCGCUCACUUUCACGCUUCAUUUUGUGUGUGAGCCCGUUUACUUGACAUAAUAAGUAAGAUACAAAGAUCUUGUGGGUCUUUUAUAUAUAUACUUUUGUAGGUGAUAAGUCAUGUACAAUUAGCAUAUUGAGUGAGGACUAUUUAUAACUGUGAAACUGUUGGGCAAUUUGUGCAGCUUUGUUGUUUGUUUAAACCUUCCUCUCUCUUUUCUUCUUCUUGAAUGUGUAGUUUUUUUUUCUUUCUUCUUCUUCUUCUUUUUUUUUACUUAAGGAUAAGAUCUCUUCAGUUUUAAUUUGAACCAUGACAAAUGAUAUUUAUGUAAAUUGGUAUUAGGUAAAGUUUUAUGCCAAGAGCUCCUCUGAUUUCAAAUUAGUUGUGUAUGUUUUGGACUUUUUUGGCAGUGAUAGAAUCCAUUAAAUUUUAUGCAGGCAGUUCAGUACCUUUAUUUACUUUUGCUGUUAUGAUUUUUGUUGAUUUUUUUACUUUUUCUGUAAUAAGAGGGUAUUUGUAUGAAAUUACCAAAGAAGUAAAAUGUACUGUCAGUAAAGGAGCCCCUCCCCAUUUUUUUAUUUAUUUUUUUUUCCCCCAAAUACAUGACAGCCUUUAUUUUGAGCAGAGCUUCAAGGUUUUAGGUUUUGCAGGCUGCCUUUUUUUAUUGUCAUGUGUUGCAGAGUAAAUUGCAAGAGCACAUGAGGCAAACAGUUUCAUGAUCCUGUGAUAGUGUGCUCGUAAUUGCCUGUGGCAUUUCUUCCUUUCAUAAAUUGUUUGGGUAUUGCCAGAGAUGCCAUCACAGAGAUUAUCAGACUUGUGAUGUAUGUGGUACAAUGUUGUAAGAAUUUCUACAACAGUGUGAUUUAGUGUGGGAUUUUUUUUUCUAGAAUUUUCUGCAAUUUUGCUUGAGGACUGAAAAAAAAGUGUCAUGACAGUGAAACACUUCAGGAGCAGUGAAGCAAAAGCUCUGUUCGUACAGAGAGAUAAAAGGGGUUUUAGGGUGCUGGUGAACAAUAAAUGGUACAACCUGGUAGCAGCUUAAGCCUUGUGAUGGUGUCCUGGUAUACAGCAUGUGAAGGUGUGUGUUUCAUAUUUUCUUUUUGUUGUCAUUCUUUCACUUUUCUUUUGAAUCUCUCCUCUCUCUCUCUCUCUCUCUCUCUCUCUCUCUCUCUCUCUCUCUCUCUCUCUCUCUCUCUCUCUCUCUCUCUCUCUCUCUCUCUCUCUCUCUCUCUCUCUCUCUCUCUCUCUCUCUCUCUCUCUCUCUCUCUCUCUCUCUCUCUCUCUCUCUCUCUCUCUCUCUCUCUCUCUCUCUCUCUCUCUCUCUCUCUCUCUCUCUCUCUCUCUCUCUCUCUCUCUCUC